AGUUUGUAGCGUUCGAUGGGAUAGGCCAUAACAACCAUCCAAGAAGGCGUUGUGCUACUAUGGGGAAAUACCGAACCGAACCGAGGAUAAAAACGGUUUUGGUUUAGUUUUUACUCGAGGUAAAUGCUGGAAAUUCGCCGGAAAGUCGAUGCAAGUGGAAAUUAUCGCAUAUUAGCGAUCAAAUGUGGACGUUGACGUCGAGCCGUGCGUAAUGAGCAGAGUUGGAAAAAGAAGGUGUUGAGCUGCAUUUUUUCUCUCUCUGCCAGAGACAACUUAGGUCGGAGUACUGCUUAAACUACGAGGCGAUACGAAGCAAAAUAAUGCCCACGAAGCUCUCCACUUUCUGGCAUGGCAGGCUGCGCCUGGGGCUUUGAGGACGCUCCAGAGGAUCCGUGCCUGACCCACAACCGAGGAUCGACAGGAAUACGUUGUCUGAGCAGAAUGACUCAGCAAGAGGGGGGACCCCCAAAUAGCAAGUGAAGAAAAGUGAGGAUGGGUGCCAAUGGAUCCAGCUAUCCACACUCAUGCUCCCCACGCAUAGGGGGAAAUGCACAAGCACAGCAAACUUUUAUAGGAACGUCAUCCUACUCCCAGCAGGGAUAUGGCUGGGAGUCUAAGCUAUACAGCCUGGAGCAUGGCCAUGAGCGGCCCACAGACAGGAAGAAGAAGAGUCUUGGCCUGGCGACACUCAAACGGAGGUUCAUCAAAAGGAGGAAGUCGAGCCGCUCAGCAGAUCAUGCGCGGCAGAUGCGGGAGCUUUUGUCAGGGUGGGACGUCCGUGACACAAACGCCCUUGUGGAGGAAUAUGAGGGCACAGCAGCCCUCAAGGAGCUGAGCUUCCAGGCCAGCCUGGCACGUGCUGAGGCACCCAGCUUGCAGCGGAAUCUGGCUGCCCUCUACCAGCAUAAAUACUGCACGGAUGUGGACCUCAUCUUCCAAGGUACUUGCUUCCCAGCUCACCGGGCAAUCCUGGCUGCCCGCUGCCCCUUUUUCAAGACUCUGCUGUCCUCAUCCCCUGGCUAUGGAGCAGAGGUUCUAAUGGAUAUUGAGACAGCUGGCAUUGAUGUGCCCAUGUUCUCUGCCCUACUUCACUACCUGUACACUGGGGAGUUUGGGGUGGGCGGAGCGGAGGAUACCAGGCUGCAGAACGUGGAUGUGCUUGUGCAACUCAGUGAGGAGUUUGGUACGCCCAACUCCCUGGAGGCUGAUAUGAAGGGCUUGUUUGACUACAUGUGUUACUACGACGCUCUGCUCAGCUUCUCCUCAGACUCUGAGAUGAUAGAGAACUGUAAUGAGCGAGGGGCUGUGGCUGCAGCACCAUCAGGGGGCUCAGGAGGCAAUGGGUGCCCCGGAACCCCAGAUGAGGACCUUAGGGCUCAUAAAGCUAUCCUCUCAGCACGUUCUCCUUUCUUCAGGAACCUUUUGCAGAGGCGCAUUCGCACAGGAGAGGAAAUGACUGAGCGCACAUUGCAGACACCCACCCGCAUAGUUCUGGAUGAGUCCAUCAUCCCACGGAAAUAUGUGCAGGUUAUUCUCCAUUGCAUGUACACAGAUGUGGUGGAGCUCGGGCUGGUGCUGCGGGGCAGUCCCUCAGCAGGCAGCCUUGGCGAGGUGCAAGCACUGGUGUCUGGGGGCCGUGGAGCCAGCACACGCACCGAGGAGGCCAUGGAGCUGUACCACAUCGCUCUGUUUUUGGAAUUUAGUAUGCUUGCUCAAGGCUGUGAGGACAUCGUUGUGGAAAGCCUGUCUCUGGACUCGCUCGUCCCCAUCUUGAAGUGGAGCUCCCAGCCUUAUGGCUCCAAAUGGGUCCACAGGCAGGCCAUGCACUUCCUCUGCGAGGAGUUCAGUCAGGUUGUCACCUCAGAUGUUCUCUACGAGCUUAGCAAGGAGCACCUUCUCAGCGCAAUUCAGUCUGACUACCUACAGGCGAGUGAACAGGACAUUCUCAAGUAUGUUGUUAAGUGGGGCGAGCAGCAGCUUAUUAAGAGGAUGGCAGACAGGGAGCCCAAUCUGUUGAGCGGGACAGCCCACAGCGUAAACAAGAGGGGAGUGAAAAGGAGAGACCUGGAUGUGGAGGAGCUAAAGGAGAUCCUGUCUCCCCUCUUGCCCUUCAUCCGGACUGAGCACAUCUUACCUUCCAACAGUGACGUCCUCUCUGACGCGCUUAAAAGGGGUCUGAUAAGCACCCCUCCUUCAGACAUGCUGCCCACAGCUGAAGGGGGAAAAGCCAAUGCGUGGUUACGGCAGAAAAACGCUGGCAUCUAUGUGCGUCCCCGCCUCUUCUCUCCAUACGUGGAGGAGGCUAAGUCUGUGCUUGAUGAAAUGAUGGUGGAGCAGACAGACCUGGUGCGUUUGCGAUUAGUGCGCAUGUCCAACGUACCAGACACACUCUAUAUGGUCAACAAUGCUGUGCCUCAGUGCUGUCACAUGAUCAGCCACCAGCAAAUGGCAAGCAACUCAACCACGGCACCAUCGGUUGUGGCCAAUGAAAUUCCAGUGCCGCAGCUGUCGGUCGUAAAGGAGAUGAUCCGGAGGCUGCAGGAACUGAGACACACAGAGCAGGUCCAGAGAGCUUAUGCCCUCAACUGUGGUGAAGGAGCCACCGUCAGCUAUGAGCUACAGCUGCGGGUGCUGAGGGAGUUUGGUCUGGCAGACGGCGCCACUGAGCUACUGCAGAACCCAUACAAGUUCUUCCCCGAUGAACGGUUCGGAGAUGAGAGUCCAAUUCUGGCUCUGCGCCAGGUGGGUCGGUGUCGGGUAAACAGCAGCCCAGCCAUGGAUAGCAUGUUCACAGAGCUGGAAGGGGUAGUAGGCUUCCACCCUCCUUUACCUCCUCCACCUCCCCCCUACCACCCACCUGCCACACCCAGCCAUGCUCAGCUCAAGGGUGCCUGGCGACCCCGUGUACCCAUGCCCACCCCCACCCGUUCCUUCUCCUACCCCUGCAACCGCACCUUGAUCCAGCGCCAUGCAGCCGCCAAGCAUGGCAGCUCAGACUACUCCUCUGUGCCCAGGCCCCAGCCCCCAGACUGUACCAACCCGCAAGCUAUGGGCCGAGUUUUGCUCUCAGACCGGCAAGCGAUGGGCAUGGAGCCUGUUAUAAGGGAGUUCAUGCCUGACAUUGCACUGGGUGUGUCGGUGAUGUCCCUAAGGGAGCAGCACAUGGCAGAGAUGGACAGGGAAAGCCCUCACAGCCCAAUGGGCCCCUCAGGCCGCCAUCUACCCCAUGGGCCCUGCCCUUCCUCCCGCCUCAGCCAUGGCCACGGUCCUGGGCAUGGUCACUCCUGCAAGAGACACGCUCCCGAACCCAAGCUGGAGGCUCAAGCCGAGUUCCCUGACCUGUAUGACUUCUCCUGCCGACCUGCAACCCCGACCUCUGCUCACCCUCUGCCCUCCUUUUCAGGACCAGACCUCUACAGUCACAGCUGCACCCCCUCCAGCUCUUAUCCACCCCCCUACAUUUCUGACUCUCAGUCCCAAGGUCACUUGCAGGGACGAACUGCCCCAGACUCACUACGUCUGGAUGUACUCAGCAUGACCUCUCAGAGGCAUGAUGGAGUCCUUGCCAGCCCCUCUGGGGCCCAGCCUAGAAUGGGACACACACCAAGGGGGCGAUCAAAUGAGACAGACCUGACUCAUGGCUUGGGUCAUUUACGGUCUCCCAGUGGGAACAUGGACAACUAUGAGGAGAGGCACACAGGAACUAGAGAUGCCCCAGAGGAGAUGGUUCUAGCUGGAGAAUCAUCAGGCCUGGGGCCCCUCCAGCAGCCUCACAGGAACAGUGUCAGCGAAGAGAUCACCAGAGACCGCAGGUCACCCAGCAAGCCUGACUACCCUUAUAAGAAAUCUGCACUUUAACCCCAGUUGAGGGCCAAAGGUUGAGUUAAGAAAAGGGAAAGCGUGAUGAGUGGCCAUCACAAUGGAUGGCAAAGCACUAAAUGUGUGCCUGUGUAUAUGUGUGUGUGUGUGUGUUUGAGAGGAGCAGGGAAAAGGGGUGGUCGAUGGUUGCUAUUUAUAGGAUCUCUCCUUUUGUCCUACCUCUAUCACACUGUGCUAUCCAUCACACAGUCAAGAGUAUGGGAAGAGUAAGAGAUGUAGGUUAAUUGGCGAUGCUUGUAAUUGAUCUCCGCAAGCCCAAGUCCUGCUGGUUUAGAGGAUGACUCAGGCUCUACUGGGAUGGAUUGGUCUCUUGAGUUUGAUUGUAAAGAAAGAGGUUUGCUCUAUGCUGUGUGAAUCCUGCAUGAGGAGGUCACAACACUAGAUGUAGCUCAGUUAUGAACUGAUGUUUUAAGACUUUCUUUUCAUUGGUUCUGUUGUCUCUGUUAUUUUCAGCAAGUAAUGAGGAGAUGGCAGGAUAAGAAUCUUAAUUUACACAAGCAAACAAUGGCACCCAAUGUGGGACAGACAGUAUUAUGAUAAAAAUCAUAUGUAAAUUCUUCGGGAUGUGUUCUUUUCCUCCCUUGACUUGUAUUUCCAUUUUUUCCUGUAGCAUGCCUAUAG